AUGGCAACAACACUUCGAAGACUACUCAUGAGACCAGGGACGUUGAGACCAACCGUGUCUCUACUACCGCAUUUCUCUUUUUCUGAAGCAUCGAGUUUCUUAUUACUAUCCAAGAAGAGCUCCCUCAGCAGAAGAAGUCUUUACAACUUUGCCGUGACCCGACAGAUUCCAAAUUCGUUUGUGAAUUCCAUCUCCAAGUAUUACGAGAAUAAUAAUCAAGAUGACGCCGCAAUCUCCAUAUCAUUGGCCAAAUCUCAACACGAAGACUACGUAAAAUUACUGCGGCUGAAAGUUCCCACUCUGGAAUUGCCUCCGUUGGAACAUCACCCUGACUGUGUCUUUGUGGAAGACACGGUGGUAGCAGUCGACAAUCGAGCCGUCAUUACUUGGCCAGGACAUGCAUCUCGGCAGGGUGAAGUGGAUUCCAUCCGACAAGUGCUGGAGCAAUUGGGAAUGGAUGUAUGGGAAAUGAAAACACAAAAUGCGGACGCCAUUUGCGAUGGUGGCGAUGUCAUGUACACUGGCAGGCAUUUGUUUGUGGGAUUGUCCGAACGAACGAAUGCACAAGGUGCUUCUGUACUCGAGGAGGCAUUCUCACCAUUACCCAUGGUCACGGUGGCUUUGGAUGCCAAAGAUGCUUUGCAUUUGAAGAGUAUUGUCACUCAUAUGGAUGAAUACACCAUAUUGGCACCCCAGGGAUCAUUAGGCGACAAAGUUUUGCAAGCCAUGGACGCGGCAGCUCUGGGCUAUACGACGGUGCGACUGCCCGACAUUCGUGCCUGCAAUGUAGUCACAGUGAAUGGCUUGAUUGUGGCAUCUGACAAUAUCUGCGAGGAAUCAAGAGCGAUUCUUCUAGACUGUGCACUGGAGAGAAAUCUUGAUGUGGAGUUCGUGGGAAACACUGAGAUUGCCAAGAGUGAUGGCGCAAACACCUGUUGUUCCGUGUUACUGUCUCUUUAA